UCUCUCUCAACACUUAUCUCUGCAGUCCGUACUUCUAUCUUCACUCUCAAUUCUCAAAUAACAACCAUUUCAGCUUGCAAAAUUACACCACAUAGCCAAGAAUUUACGAAAAUGGCACCAUCAACGAGCAACUUAAUGUUAUCAAUGAAAGUUCUGCUAAUUUCAAUUGGUGCAGUAUCUUCAGCUAUGGUAAUUAAAGCCUCUGUUCCAUUAAUUUUAUAUGAAUUCCCUACGAUUUGGAGCAGCUUUAUUUCCAGUUGGCUCAAGCCUCCUUACCUCUACGUUUUACUCAACUGUAUAAUCAUCAUCAUCGCCGCUACUUCUCGGUCACACCGUAAGGAACAUUCUAGCGAUCAAUCACAGCCGUUGAUGUCUGCCACAUCAACUCCGCUUUCAGAUUUGAUAGCAAUUUCCCAGUCAAACGUUAACAUGAGUGAACCGGAGAUGUCUGAGUUAUCGCCUGAACCGGUACAUGAAUCGGAGGUGUUAGAGGUGAAACCUGAGCCGGUAAAUAUUGAACCGGAGCAGGUGGUUGAAGCUGAAAAUGGUGAUGAGGUUGUGAUUUCGAAUUCCGUUGUUACGCCGUUGCCUGAAGUGGAAACGGAGCUGCUUCAACAGCUAGCGACGGAGAAACCGCUGGUUUCUUCCCGGUUCGGUCACCGGAAACCGCUUACGAGAAUGAAUCCUGAAGGGGUUAAAUCACUGAGGGUAGCGAGGGUGAAGAGACAUGAGACAUUAGAGAGUACAUGGAAGAAGAUAACAGAAGGUCGUCACGUGCCGCUCACGAGGCACCUGAACACAUGGCAGCAGAAUCACGGAAGUCAAUCCCCGGUUCAUCAAACUGAAAACAAGAGGAAAACCAUACUUGAACCGUCGCCGAGUCAGGACGAGUUGAACCGGCGAGUGGAAGCGUUUAUAACGAAGUUCAAUGAAGAAAUGAGGUUACAGAGAGAACAGUCGUUACAGCAGUACAUGGAGAUGAUUAAUCGUGGGGUCUAAAAGUUAAUUUUAGCAAUUUGUUGGGUUAAAAUUUUAAUUUUUUCAACAAAAGGAAGAUUUAAUUUUUUAUUUUUUAUUUUUUAUUUUUGGCAAGAACUUGUGGGGUUUGAAUAGAGGUAUAGGAAAAAGAUACAGUGCAGAGGAGCUAAAGUUGUAUAUAGAAGUGAAAGAUAUUCUUUUAUUGUUUAGCUUAGAAUAAAUGAGAAGUCAGAUACGUAAUACUGUAUACUAGUUAAAAUAGUAAAGAAAGGUGCAAAUAUGUAAUUAUGGAUUUAUGUAUAUUCGUGUAUGUAUGCAUCUCA